CGCGUAAGGUGUGAUGAACAUCGCCCAAUUUGCAACAACUGCGAAAGACUGCGCAUAGAUUGUGUCUACGUGCCAGUUGCGCCUAGAAGAAGUCGUGCGGCAUCGUCUGCGGCUUCCGCGUCAUUGAACGCAGAGAUAAGGAAUAGCCCUUCGCAGUCUCAAAACGGCAAUUCUCCAGGGUCCCCACAAACCUCAGCAACAGGAGCCUCUUGUUUUCCCAAUACACCAUCAGGAGAGCCUUCAGCGAAAGGACAAGAAGUCGUAGUCACGCCAAGCUCAGGUACAACUCUAGGAGCUGGCCAGUAUCCCUCGCCGACUCCAUACGAACACUUUUAUGCACCAGAGCAAAUUUUCUCUAACCAGAGUGAGGGCGAUGCCACCUUUCAAUAUCAAGCACCUUCCAAUGCAAAUCACAACGGCAGCAGCAACAGUGUAGAUGGCGCUGCCACAGCUAUGCCGGUUUCAAUGGACACCUCGCUAUGCCCACCCAAUUUCGAUGGUUUUUUCAAUGUUCCUAAUUUAGGCUCUACUUUCGCAACUUUCGCCUUCUCAGAUUCCCAGGCCUUUCCCGGGUCAGAAGUGCCAUACAACUUCAAUCUAGUUCAUGGCAGUGCGUUGUCGCAGGGAAGAAGUGGAAUGCAUGCAUCCCCUCCGAAUCUACCUUCUAAUGGAAACAACGCAAUGCCAAUUGCAAGUUCAACGGCAGCCAAGGACUCUCACGCUCAAAUCACAACAGAGAUGGACUUCUUGCCUUUGAAAGACGAGACGCGAGCAUACCUAAUCACAUACUUUAAGCGCAGUACACGACCUCCAGCAUCUUUGGUAUCAGUUGACCCUGCUGGCUGGUAUCAGAUGCAACAGUAUCUUCUUCGAACAGCCUCAUCUCAUAGCGUUGUUAUGGACGCCCUCCUUGCUUUGACGCAACUCUUUUCGGUUUGUGAGUCCACGCUGCGGUCGAGUAGUAGCUCUCAAUGGAGAAUGGCGUUUGAAUUACAACAGAGAUCGUGUAUGGGGCUAAGAGAAAGAAGAAUUGAUGAAAAGUCUCAGAAUGCUCUUCUAGCAGCAAUCUUUCUACUGGCUUGGUUUGAGGUUAUCUGUGAUGAGCAGGACGCUCACCGGUCUAACUUCCCAACUGAGUUGGCCGAAUCAGUGAUCAGGGGGAGCGCCAGGUGGAAUUCGGCUUCCCGGCGACUACUCCAAUGGCUAAACUCAUUUGAUGCUAAGGCAUCCCACUUGGGAGGUAGGCAACUUCUGACGCCAAAAUCAUUGGAGGUUGUAUUGCAACAUCGAUUCGAGAGAAGCUAUCGUACUGUGGAUAGCGGCGAUUCAGAAAACGAAACCGUCUCCAACGACUCCGAAGAAGACAGCCGGAAUGGAUCCGCGGCUGUAUUCACCCAAGAAAGGAAGAGGAGAGCGUCAUCUCGGUCCUUCCCAACACGUUCGUUUAUAACUCCUCGCGAAAUCAAAAUGAACGUUUUCAACGCGAUAAUGCAGCCUGCAUUAGAAUUUCACCUAGUUUCGCAGAGCUAUAGUCGUAAAAUUGGAACUCAUGACCGUCACCAUCGAUCACGAAACACCGUCGAGGACGAAUACGAAGUUGUUACUGCCUGUAAAACUAUUGAUACGGAGUUGAAGAAACUUUGGCGUCAACGUCCGCGCGUGCUAGAUCUGACAGCAAAGGACCUCUCUGGGGUUGUAUGUGAAGAUAUUGCAGAGAGGUUGGACGAACUUUUUGCGGUCUACAUUGCGACGUUUUGGGCUCACUUUCUUUACAUACAUCGAGUGGCUUGGUGGGGCCUUCCUCACUCAUCCACCGCCAAGGAGGCGCUCGAUGAAUUUUGGCGAAUGAUGUGCCGAAGUGUUAGGGAGACAGAGGACAAUAAGGACAAUCACUUGUUAGUAAUGGACAGGCAGAAAGUGAUCCACCCGGGUUUGAUGUGGCCGAUGUUUAUGUUUGGCUGCGAGGUUGAAAUAGGGGAGAAACAGCAGUGGUCCGUUACACAACUUCGUCUCCUAGGAGAGAGAACCGCAACCCCAGAUACUGAACAACAACAUAGUGAUUCAUUGCCACCAUAUAGGUUGGGACAGAAAGGCGCCCAAAACGCCAUCAGAGCUUCGGUAUUGUUGAACGAAUUAGUUAAACGGCAAAACGAGACAGGGGCUCGUGUUGAUGGCAAGUAUUUGUCACAAGAAUUGUUCGGGUGUCAGUUCACCAUUAUUUAGAUAAUGGUGAACUGUAUAGUCAUGAUAUAUAUGCUUGCCUAGGUCUAAAUUCUUCACAUUGUUCUGAUAGGCGCGGACAGUAUUCAUCGGGACAAAGAGCGGCCAAUUUUUUGGUUAGUGACUGCCGGACGCUGUCCGAACCCCAUAGUAAUAUCUGAGGCCCCGCACCGGGAAUAUUGAUGUGGUCGUAAAGGCUCUCUACUCGCUUGCUUAGAACACGAAUCAUUGGGACUAGUGUUUCUAUUCCAUCCAAUCGCGUGAAUUGUCAUAAAUCAAGCUAGAGGUCGGGUAUCGCGUUUCGGUUCACAGUAAUUGUUUGGUUCUCAGGCUAGUAGUGGUUCUCGGGUUAGCAG